UGUGACGUCGCUGCCAAACGCAGACGGUCCCUAACGCUGACGACAGCUCGGUGAACUCUGAGGACCUGUUUUUUUCAGCGGAGGCACAAAUAAAGUUUGUUUAGCAGAACACUUGGAACUAAACCGCGGUACAUUUAACCGUCCGGUUGUCGUUUGGUGCACAUUCACAGCAGUGGCGGGUACAGCCCCGUGAAAUAGGUCCGUGUGAGUAUUUCCGGGUGGCACGAGGCUGCUCCGGUAACAUCCCAGCUAGCAUCAAUUGGUUGAGCCUACCUCCUCCGCUCGGUCGCCGCGACAGCCGGAGGCCGUGACACUAUCGCCCGGGACAGCUCCACGGUGGAUGUCUUGUAGCUGAAAGCCCAAAGCGGGGAGAGUCAUGGCGGCGUCGCUACUCUCCGAGACCGACAUCAGGCACCGGUCCAUGGCGGAGGAGGAUCCGAACGGCAACGAGCAUGGGGCGGCUGCACGCAGCGCGGCGCCUCGCUGGGGACCGCAGCACGCCGGGGCCCGACAGCUAGCACGGCUGUACUCGCCAGGUAAACGGCUCCAGGAGUGGGUGUGUGUGAUCCUGUGCCUCUUUCUUUUCAUCAUCAACUUCUCUUUCCUCCUCCUGCACUUCUCCACCGUUCACAUCUACAAGAUCGUCCUCGGCAUCGUCCUCGGAAUAGUGACGGCAGAUUUUGCAUCGGGGAUUGUGCACUGGGGAGCAGAUACGUGGGGGUCGGUGGACAUCCCUGUUAUUGGGAAG